CUUAAAAUCACGCAUCCUACACGUACACGUACAAUAGUGCGGUAUAGCAUAUGGGGUGUGUGUGUGUGCCGUUAUGCCGUAGUGUUGGUGUGGUAAUGUGCGAGUCGCAUCCAUAUACACCACACCACACACUACCACAAUUGUUGAAUACUAUUUUUCAUAGAAUACAUCAACUCUUAUCUAUUAUCCUUACAGCAAGUUCGCAUCAUGUUGACUCUCUUGGAUCUCCAUGAAGGACCGCUGUCUCAUGUUCUAUCCUUCCUGGAUACUCCAGACCUAACCAGUAUCCAGCAAACGACUCGAUGGUUGGCCGCUCGUACUCCGCUAGCCUGGAAUUCACUGGACGCCGCUGUCGUCCAGGGUCCUUCCACGUACCAUCACAUCCACGCCGUCUCGGGUGCACGAAUCCGUUGUCAACGCUACUUCAAGGCCCAGCGGUACGCACGGACCAUGGACUACUGGGCUGUCCGGCACUACGAUUACGACAAGCCCGUACGUUCGCAUACGCUCUGCCGCGAAUGCACGCACUGGGUCUCCACCUUGCGUCCCCAACCGAUCCAUAACCCGCAAGCCUACGAAUUCUUUGUACGAAUGGCCUACCGCAAACCACCAGCCAUCAAGGUCCUUCAUGAUCCCGACGAUCCCUCGCUCAUUUGGCAAGGAUUCGUCCCGUCCAUCCCGUCACGCGGCCACCGCGUCUUUCUGGAUACGCAGCGCGUGGCGCUCACGUGGCCCGCCAUGGAUGCGUACCUUGCCGUAGUGGAUACGCACGGUGCCGACAUUUCCACCGAUCAUCCCGACGUGCUGGCGAGUCUCUACGAAGCCGUCGACAAUUUGCAAAUUACCGUGGUGGCUUUGGACCGCGUGUCUCACCAUGCCAGCCUCGUGGUGGCCACCGGUGGCUUUCAUGACGCCGUGGAACAGGAAGAAGACGACGGUGCCGCGAUUCCUGCCCACGGGUACCUUCUGAACCCACGUAACGUUCGUACGCACAGCCUUCGCAAAGACCAGGACUGGAUGCAGGUCGAGAUCUGUACAACCGGGGGAUGGACCUGUUGGGAUACCGGCACUGAACUCUGCACGCGGCAGGCACACCCGGCACGAUUUCGGGGUAUUUCGGUGACCCACGAAUGCUCGUAG